UAUUUUCAUUUAAAUCCUUUUUCAUAUUUUUGCAUAACUUUUAAAAUUCAAUGUUUUAUAUAAUAUCAUAUAUAAUAGUGUUGUGAGCUAUUGAUUAAGCCGUCGUUUUCUCUGCAAACGUUAAACUAUUUCACAUUUAUAUUGUAAUAUUUCAUUUUAUUUUUGUUUUUUAUGUGCGAAACAACAAAUAAUUACCAUUUUUGUCGCUUAACGUAUUAAUAAAGUGAAGGAAUAUAUAAUUAAUUUUAAUAAAAUCCAUAUUUCAAUCGAUUUGAUACCAUAAUAGGACUACAAAAAAUCAAUACCAAGAUUAAUAUCACAACCAUAUGCCGGAACAAAGUAACGAUUACCGAGUGGUGGUGUUUGGGGGCGGAGGCGUUGGCAAGUCUAGUCUCGUCACCAGAUUUAUAAGAGGAACAUUUCGCGAUUCAUACAUCCCAACGAUUGAGGACACCUACAGACAAGUGAUUUCUUGCAAUAAAAAUGUCUGUACACUACAAAUCACAGACACGACUGGAUCCCAUCAGUUCCCCGCAAUGCAAAGACUUAACAUCACUAAAGGGCACGCAUUCUUCCUCGUCUAUAGUAUCACAUCAAAGCAGAGUUUGGAGGAAUUGAUACCAAUAUAUCGACAAAUAAUUGAAGUAAAGGCUGGAGAGGAGAAUAUUCCGAUACUAUUAGUGGGAAACAAAUGCGAUGACUCUUAUCGUGAAGUAAGCAAUGAUUUGGCGAUUGAGGUCAUCAGCAAAGUUAUGAAGGGAUGCGCUUUCAUCGAGACGUCGGCCAAAAACAGUCUCAAUGUUUACGAGGCUUUUCAGGAAUUGCUGUCUUUGGAUAAGAAUCGGAACAUAUCGUUGAAAUUGGAUUAUAAAAAGUCGAGAUCACAGCUUAGGAAAGAGAAAUUGAAGGGUCACUGCUCUCUCAUGUAAUGGCAUUUAAUUAGUUGUCAAUACGAUUGCAUUACUUUAUAUACAAUACCGUAAAAAGACUUCACAAGACGUUUAGAAUAUGAGGUUAGGAUAGGAUUGGAAAUGAUUUACUGAUUAUAAUAUCGUAAAAUCCCAGAGAAACACAAAUAAUAACUAAUAAUAAUAAAAACCAAC